GUUGUCAUUAAAUACAGGAUAACAAUGAUAGACAAAUGAAUAUAAUUAAUAGUUGUUACUCAUUUAUGGAGAGAUGUCUGAAGAACAAGACAAUGGGGCUGAAGAAGUUUAUGUUCUUCUGAAAAAGAAUUACAGAAUUUCUCGGAAUAUACGACUUCUAUGGUUUUUCAAUAACAUAUUGAAAGACAUUGAAACAUUGCCGAGAGUUGCAUUCAAGGAUGGACAAAUUGAUGAUAACAAUGGACAUGAAAUACAAAUCCUGUCUUGGAAUCCUCAAGAAAUACAUGAUGAUGAUGAGAAGAGAAGCCAAAGUAUAGAACCAAUUGCACAGGAAGAAUCUGGAGAAUUUGAAUUGGAAAAAAAUGUCUCAAGAUGCACUUUGCAACCAGAAACCAAAGUUAAUUUUCUAUCACGAGGAUACAGGCUUGUGUUUGCAUUGGACUUGUCACCCUCUGCAUUUCGAAUUGAUGCGGAAUCUUAUAGAACAGUUGCUGAAGGAGUUUUAUCUAGGCUUGCUGACUGUUUGUGCUGCUUGGUACAACCUUUUCAGGUACCAAACAACGAUGCCAAGAUUCAACCAAGCAUUUAUGUCACUGUCUUUGCUCAAGCACGACCUAACCAAAAAUCAAAAGGAAGAUAUAAACAAGAUGUAAUUGUACAAGGAUGUCUACUCACUCCACAAUCUGUGCUUACUAUACUGAAUGCUGUCGAGUGUAAAAUAUAUCAUGGAAUGAAAGAAUGGGUUCAAUCUAAUGAUCUGGUUUCUUCUCAACCAGUCAGACAUGAUCAUGGUCUCGUCAGUAUAUUGAGAACUGGACUACUUGCUCUACAUCUACUACCUUCUAAUACGAGCGCAGGAAUUAUUGUUCUCACUGAUGGUGUUGUUGGUAUGCCUGACAUGGCUGUGCUGGAGACAUUGUUGAAUCAACUUCGUAGCACAACGACUAGUUGUUCAUUUUUACAUCUCAAAAGUUCACAAGCUGUUUUCUGUGAUUAUGGAUAUUCUGCCAACAUUGAACUUCUAAAGUUUAUAUCUUCUGCCACCUACGGGACAUUUUUCAAACAACUUGAUAAUAAUAAUCUCAAAGAUGCAGAAAUGAAUAUUUAUCAGAAAGGUUUACUAGUCUGGCAGUUCCAACUCAAAGAUGAUGUAAACAUGUCUGCUGAUUUUGAAUUACCAGAUGUUCGUAACUGGGAACCUGAAACAGAUCUGAGAUAUACUCCGACUCAGAAAAACAUGUAUAUUUCUCCAGUUUUGAGAAAAAAACAUUUGGAAAGAACUUUGAGAGUUUCUAUAUUCACUUUAUUGUCUGUUAGACUAAGAGAGGGAUAUAUGAUAAGCUCAAUGUCAUUGGGAAAGAACAGAAAUCAACUUGAAGUUAUUCUUCUUUAUCCAUGGAAUCAUGGAGCAUCGAUUAAAUACAUUGCAUCCUCAGCAUGGCCUGUUGUAAGAAAUAUAACUAAGAUUGAAGUCUACAUUGAAGCAACUUACGAAUUUCUUUAUGAUGUCACAGUUGGACUUGGACAUGAAAAUUGGGGAAGAUACCGUUCAAUGGCUGUUCGAAGAUUUAAACAUUUUAUGAAAGGUUUGACACAAACAGACCACAUGAUGACACAUCUUGUAUCGUUUACCACUGAUCCUGUUUAUUACACAAUCAGUCAAAAACUUGUUCCACUGUUUUAUUUACCUCCAAACUCAAAUCAACUUGUGCUAUCUAUGCCAAGUAUGAAUGAUUCAUCAAAAUCCGUGUUUGCUGGAUAUUGGAAACCUGUAUUAUCUUUGGACAUCAGUAUAUGGCAGAAAUGGAUGCAUACUCAUCACAUUGAUAUUAUAUUACAACAUGAUAUACCGUUACCCAAACACCUUCAUGUGUCAACAAAAAGUGGUCGUUUUCAUUCAAUUCAAACCAGUACUGCAAUGAGUCAACUAACUUCAUUAUUACGAGAAUGGUGCACUUUCGUUUUGUUGGAAAAUCACAGUUAUGUGAAAUUUACCUAUAAAGAAAAUGAAGAAAAGCCGUCAGCUUUCUAUGUUGUGAGAUUGUCAAGCAAAGCUCCUAUUAUUGUAAUAAGACUUGCUUUUCAAAUUGGAACUCCAGGAUCAUACAGGAAUCAGAUUUUGUCAGAUCUUAGAGAUCGUGUACUUGCAUUAACGUUUCCUUCAUUAUCAAAACAACCAUCGAAUCUAAAUUUGAGAGCAACUUCAGGUGUGAGAUCAAGAAAUCCGAGUGCUCAGACUAGAACUAGGAAUUUUUCAGGUUCUGAAAGAAGUUGUGCUGUUCUCGUUCACAAGCCUCUCGAUCGCAUUUUAAUUCGAUAUGAUCAAACACCCCGAGAUUUCAUGCAGCCACCAACUUCUGGGUAUCGGCAUGGUAAAGUUGGAUCAUCGAAUGCAUCUUCAAGAAGUGGUCAUAUAACAGGAGGAGAAGUUGGCUCAACAUCAUUGAUGCAAGAUUUAUGCAGAUAUCUGGAACAUAGCAGAUGUGUUUGGUCAAUAACAAAUAAAUCUGCAACUCCUAUUCCACUUGCCGUUGCAGGGCAAAUGGCAAGUUUAUUAAUAAAGCUCAGACUAUCAGAAGGAUUUAAUUUUGCAAGUUCAUCUUCAGGAGUGAUUUCUAUGGUUCGUGAAUUCCCAAUGAUUUUAAAUAAGGAAGAUGGGAGUGAAAUAACAUAUUAUUGUUUGGCUCAAUUCAUCAUGUUUCCACCAACUGUAUGCACUUCAAGAGAGAGUUUUUCGUUGGAUGGAUCGGAUGAUGAUGAGGAAGACACAGCUGAGGCUGAUGGUGAAUUAUUUCUUGCUACAGAAAUGUGGAUCGAACCACAAUGUGGCUUUGUUGUCACUGAUUCGUUUCCAAAAUCGAGAGAAUCUUCUCAUCAUAGACAUGCAAGCGGUUUUGAGAGCGGGAGAAGCAGCAGAUUAAGUAGCACGUCUUCAUCAGCGACAACAACAUACAAUAUCUAUCAACCUAAUCAAAAAUUUUUAGGAUCAGCAUAUCAAGAUAUACCUAAAGUUGUUGCAAAUGAAGACAGACUACUUCUCAGUAUCCUGGUUACUAUUGAACACUUAAGACUGAUGUGCGAACCAAAGUCAUGUGUAAUGCCUACUCUUCCACAGCAAUUCAUAAAGCCAAACAAAAAUGAAAAUCAACAUCAGAGAUCAAGAAAGCCAAGUUCUCAGUCACAUCUUGAUGGUCAAUGUUCGCCAAUCUGUGCUGAAACCAGGAGUACCCCUGUUUAUGAAGGAAUCACACAUUAUCCUUGUCUGUUUGAUUUGGUUAGCCUACUCGAUCGUUGUCCACGGGUGAAACUGCUAUUCAUGACUUUAUCACAAGGUUUCUUCGACAUCAAUGAAGAGAUUCCCAGUCCCAAUGUUUGUUUGUUUGAUUUAUUUCAUCAAUCGUUAUCAAAAAUAUCUGACCAAGAAGCAAUAUUAUCAGACGUUGAUUGUUUUAAUGUAACAAAGCAUAUGAUCAAAAGAGAGGAGGAAUCAAAUUUGUUCAAAGGAGAACAAGAAAGUGAUAGCAGUGAGGAUGAUGAUAUCCCAAAAACAAAGUGGAAAUGUUAUCUCAUAGUUUUACCGAAAGGAAAAAUAAUGAUAACACUAUUGCCUGCAACAUUCAAGGAUUUAGAGGAACUUGCUGCCAGUAUGCCUGAUCUUGCCAAUACCAAAUCUGAUGUAAUGCAAAAUAUUGAGGAAGAGGUGCCUGAAUCUAUGCCAAAUCCUGGUGAUGUAAAGAUUACGCAAGAGAAAAAACUUCCAAGUAAUCCUCAAGAAGUUUCACUCAGUCGUGAUGAUUAUAGACUUGCAAGAAGAAGAUCCAUAAAAAGAAUAACAUCUGUCAAUUCGAACAAAUCAGACGAGAACUUGAAACAAGAGCCACAAGUAGAAUAUUCACCUGAUCCUCAACCACAGAUUAAUUUACCAGUGUUUGUGUAUCAAUGUACUACGUCAAAUAUUGUGGAACAGCUAUUGAAAGAUCCUACCUCUGUUCCUCACAAUAUAUCAAACUUGGAUGUUGAACAGGAUUACAGACCCAACUAUGUACAAGAUCACUUCUCAGCCAAGAGAUUAACUUCUCCAAGAAAACUAGUUACUAAUAGGUCACAGAGCUGCAAAGAAGUGAUUAAAUCUGUUGACAGCAAAAUUGAACCUGAAUCUUCAUCAAAACACAGAUUUUUCAGAUCGCAAAGUUAUCCUUUCCAUCAAACUCCAGGUACAAAUUAUGCCAGAAAUGAGGGAUUUUUUACAAACAUUGAAGAUGUGUUUGGUUCCUCUCAUAAUAAAGCAUUGGAUUCUGAUGCUUCAUCAUUAUGUGAAACAUUGGUGGAUGUGUAUCACAGGUGCUUUGUACGAGCUGUUGCAAAAAAUCUCAAACUGACUGGGGGUAGUAAUAUAGCAAGUAUUGAUGUGCAAGCUGCAACUGAUGCUAUUUGUUUGGAAUCUGUACAGGAAAUUGAUAUUACCCAAUUCUUACUAAUCACAUGUCCUCAGGUAGCAGCUUUCAGAAAUCAACAUCUUUCUCAAGAAAUGAUUGCUCAGAGUGACGAUGUUUUUUCAAUGGAUGUUGGUCCACACAUUCCAGUUGCUAGAGUUGAACCAAUGAUACGACAUACAAGUUCAACUUCAUCUGCGACUGAUCCUUCUCAAAGCAGCACCAGCAGCCACUUUCCACAGAAGAAGACAUCUUCAGAAAGCCCUGAGCAAAAAACAAGAGGAAACAAAAAUCAAGUUUCGGGAAUAAACAGACAAACCCAUGAACAUAAACAUCCAGAUGAUGAAAUCGGAGACAACAUGGACGACUCACAAAAACAUUCAGAAGCAGGAAAAACAGGAACAUUAGAUAAAUCAUCAGUGCGUAGUGCGUUCAAAAAAUUGCGUAAACGACCGCAAAGUCUUCCAAAACCUGGUGGUAUACCGGGAAAGGAUAUUUAUGAUACAGAUGGGGAUACACCUGAAUCGGAAGUUAUGCCACCUUUUUCUCACAUUGCUACAAAUAAUUCUGCACCAGCUUUGAGCAAUGAGAAUACUCCAAAUCACACAGGCUCAUUGCCUCGCUCAUUAAAGAUUUCCAAACCACUAAAGAAGCUUCUGGUAACUUCGAAAGUAGGAUGGGAAGAUUUACCAGAGUUUCCCAUCAAUUUGUUGAAAGAAUGUCAUCCGAGACAUAUAUCAGGAACAGAUGAUCAAGUGAAGAUGAAUUUCCUGAAUUUAUUGUCACAAAAUUUUUAUCCAGUUCAUACAAUGCCCGAUAUUUUUUAUUAUAAUGUACAAGAUCAUGCUAUAUCAGAAGAUAAUCAUGGAGAUAAUCAUGAAAAUUCAGAUCACGAAAAAGAUUUUUUUCCUCAUCACUUUAGUAACAGGAGAAAUCUUAUAAACAAUGAACUUGUCACAGAAAGUGAUCUUGAUGUUAAGUUUGAAGUUGGUGAGAAUGAUUUCACUGCGGAGGCCGACUUUCCUUCUUUAAUUCAUGAUAAACCAAGUACAAUGAGUAGUGAUUGUAAUAUUGAGAAAGUUACGCCAUCAAGAAAAAUGAGAAAAAAGCAAAGGCAAUCUAGAAAACUAGAAGAUGUUGAUUUGACUGAAGAAUUUCAACAUGAUUCAGAUGGCGAUAGUUUAUCAUCAAAUUCUUCUUAUUCAUUCUAUGAUGAAGAUGGAUUGUUGCAAACAGAUGAUAAUGAUGAUGAAAAUGUUCCAUUAUUUCUUUGCAUGACUUGUACCAUUCGAGAUAAAAAGACAGGAAACCAUGGUACCAUGCCGGUUGAAGGUCUGCCAACAAAUUUGCAAAGUGUUUUAACUAAUCUGGAACGUCCAUGUGAAUCAAUCGAUCUCUCACAACUUUAUAUUACUCUCGAUUUGAUAUGGAUGACUUUACCUGCUGAUUUAAAUGAAAACGAACAUACACCCGAUAUAAAUGAUUAUAAUAGGUUUACUUCAGGAUUACUUCCCGAAGAAGAUGACAGUCCCAGACAUGAAGUUAGUUCAAAGAAAGAAAGAAUUCACACAGUUCAUGAUGAACAGGAGACAGUUGAUCCUCUUUACAUGCUUCCUGCACCAUGUUUAGCUGCAGUUAAUUUAACAAAGGAACAAAUAGAAUGGUUGUUAAAAGAUGAAAUCAUCAGUGCUCUGAGAACUUGUGAAAGCAUUGAUAGUUCAACAUUGGAGAAGGUUACUGCUCACAUUGACGAAUCGGAUAAAACGAAUUGUAUGGUGGAAAAUACACUUCUUCAAUUUGUUUUCGGGGCUGAUAAAAGUCUUCCACUAUUUAAUAUUGAAUUCGAAAGAAUAUUUAAAGACUUCAAAGGAUAUCGAAUGAAGAAAGAAGGCGAUUUUUACUAUUUCACAACUGAAAGAACAUUUUUACCUAUUCCAAAUUGGCGAAAUGUCCCGUUUCUUGGAGAAAAUGAAAUAUUUCAAUCGAUCGAUCAACAAACAGCAGAAGGUGGAAAUUUGCCCCCACAAAGAAACACGAAUGUCCAAAGCAUUACUGGAAGCACAAGUUCUGGUGGGAGAGCUGUGCAUGAAAUCAUAAAAAGCAGUUUGGAGAAUGAACACACAACUUUACGCCGCACAAAAACUGCUCCAAAUUCACUUAAAUCGCCGUCUGUUUCUGUCCGAGCGUCAACAAAAUCUUGUACUUCUUUACCUAUAGCUGGUUGUCCUAUCCAUUCUUCUCUGUCCUUUCGUUCGUUACCAAACAACGAAAUAAUGUCCGUUGACGCAAUUGAAUCUGAUGUUGUCGCAGGUACUGAAAGUAGUGCUUCAACCGUCACGAGGCAAACUUCGUCUAGCAAAUCUACACCUAUUAGGAAAACGUCUGCAUUGGAUAUUGUCAGUCCUGAUAUUCCUUUCUCUAAUAAUAACGAUGGAUUAUCACCUCGAGGGCAGCAAAGAACAAAAAAAUAUGCACGAGGGGGGCAGUCAAGACUAUCGUUACCAAACGCUAUUACCCCUGACAUGUGUCAGGAUUGUCGUAACACAGCAAUGGAUUCUAAACGAGGAAAGCGAAGGGGGCCGAUUAAACAACGAAGCAUGGAGAGCAAUCUCAAUAUGUCUGGAAAAUAUCAGCUAAAACGGCAUAGCACACAUACAGUUACCCCACUUUCGCUUCGGAAUUCACCCCAACAAUAUUCAGGACCCACUUCACCCAUGGUGCGUCAUUUAUCCGGACAUAAUUCGAGCUUUGGAUCAUCAGGGUCAGCCCCAGCUUGUCAUCGUCGAUCUGCACACAACAUUACACCGGUCACUCAAAUGGUUCAAAGAGAGACUGUGAUAACUUCUGGUGAGCCGAGUUCAAGUACCCCAAUGUUGAGACGAGAUAACAGUGGUGGAAAUGAACCAUCUUCUACCACACCAGCAGCCGCAAUUCCAAAUUCUGCGUAUUUGUUUGGAGCGGGCGGUAAAGAUGCAAUGUCAAGUCCAGUGUCUUUAUCUGAUGGUGAAUUUCAUAGAUAUAGUACUGCAAGUUGGUUUGAAUCUGGAUACGAUGGAGAGGAAAGUGAUAUUGAUGGAGAAGAUGAUUAUAUGGUUUCACUACAUGACAGUGCUAAUGAUUUACCAAGUUUUUGGUUAAUUGUUCAUGUUCUAUCAGAUCAUGUAAAGACCUACUUUCACAGACGUAGCAGUGCUGUAAUACCUGAUGGAAUUGAAAUCGAACACAAACGUGUGUUCAAUGCAGUUAUUGAAUAUAUUCAUACAACAUGUAAACGUGUCAAUCAAACUCUAUUGCUACAUGAAAUGCAUGAUAGCAGAAUGUGCAACGCACUUCUUGUGGAAGAAACAGAAGAAGAUAUUUGGAAACGAGAUUAUCAUCCAACUAAUUUUGGACAUUCUGAUGAACAUGGUGAUGAUACAGAUAGAGCCUUACUUGCCGCGACAAUGACAAAUGCCCCUGGCCAGUUUGCAUGUGACGCUGUAUUGGAAACUGCUAUACAAAUUCAUCCAAGAUUAAAAGCAACAGGCAAUAUUGCAGGAAAAUCAAACGUUAUGGCUGUAGUGCGAGAUCUUGUCAUAAAUUUCAUUGUCACAAACCGAAAGAAUAUGUUUGUGUAUCGGCUACCAGAUAAAUCAGUAUUCUAUUGUCGCAUGGAAGAAGACACAGGUGGAAAACCUGACAGCAGAAGAUCAUCACAAUUACUACAUUCUUCAGUUGAUAAUUUUGGAAACGAAUCCGCAGAUCGCCGCACGUCCAAAGAAAGUCUCACUGGUGUUGGGCUAACUGAACCUAAAUCUGGUGGAACAUUGGCAUUGAAAUGGCACGGUGUUGGUCCACUGUUGCCUCAACAACAAGAAGAAUUGGAAAAAAUGAAUCAAGUUAUUGUGCGAAGACUCAGCGAAUCUGUAUUAGAGAAGAUAACUGUUCUUUUGCAAAGAAAUUCAAAGUUAUCUUCAUCAGACAUAUUAUUCAUUCAACCAAGCGUCACUACAAUACCUAAUACAUCUACAACUGGAAGUCCAGCUAUAUCACAUAUACGACAAGUAUCACCAAACACUACUUUGUCAUAUGGACUCCCCGAUGAAUUUUCAAACUGCCUACCAGCAGUACGAUAUUACCUACAUCAAAAUUUAUUACAAAUUAUGGCGAUGCCGAGAUACGUGGAUCCAGCAAUACCAUCUGGACAAUUCGUUGGUUAUAAAAUGAUGCCGAUAUCUGUUGAUGACUUUGGACCCAAGAUGACGCAAGCAACCGAUAGCUCCGUUUUUCUUUUCUAUCAGACUCUUGAACCAGGAAAAACAGGAUAUGGUAUUGCAUGUAUUGUACUUGAAGUAACUGACAAAGAUGGCGGACCUAUGUCUUCAGAUAUCGUUUUAAAAUUCAAUGCUCCAGAGAAAUCAUCUACUGAACAGCUUUUAAAUCUCACAGAAAUUGCAGACUCACAACGAGUGACUUUAAGUAUUCCUGGAAGCAGAUCAAAUACACCAGCGAUGCUUGAUCGUCCGCCAUCAUCGUUACAAAAGAAAAGCUCCACACCAGUAAAAACCUACGUCCGUUUCCAUCUUUGGCUCAAAGGGUCAUUGACAGUUGACUAUCUCGACAAACGGCUUCACACUGCCGUUCGUCACGCUUUGUUCGAUGCUGUAACGGAAUUGCUGAUCUUACGACCUCCUCUUUGUGAUUUACACGGUCUAGUGAAGACAGAGGAUGAUGUGAUGCCGCUCGAUUUUCAGAAAUCAAAAAGAAGCCACAGCAGAUUCUCAAGGAAGCUGUCCUUGCCUACCCCGGUCUUCUUAACGUCCCAUAGCGGACAGUCUCGACAACUGGACAUUGACAGUUCAGCGACAUCUCUAAGCGCUGGCAUCUAUACCGGUAAAAGCAAGUCCCAUUCUCCACUGUCGAGAGUUAGGUCAUCUCCUGCAUCAGAUGCGAGCAACGUUAAAACUGAUGCUAUGAGAUCUUUAUUUGGAUCUUUAAAUGAUUCAUCAACAUCUUCCUCCAGCACGCGUGGAAUUUUGACUAAUCUACUGCAUCCCAUUUCGAAAGAAGAUCAAAAUCCAAAACAAAAUGUUACGGGUAAGAAAUCAAGCCCCGCCAUGACUGAUCGUAGAAAAUCAGCCAGUUCACAAGCUGAAGAAGGAGAACUUGGAAAUCUAAGAGAUGUUUAUAAAGAAUUAUCCAAGACCUGGUUUGAUAAAAUGGAGAAACAUGAAUGUCCUUCAGUUUUCAAAUUGUCGAUGGAUUUAUCUUCAAUGUCACAAAUGAAAAAUACACUUCAAGAUAUGCAGAAGAUAUUGGGAAACAUCUUGAUUGAUUGCAGAGUAAAAUCUUUCAUUUGUCAACCUGGAAAAUCAAAAAUGUCUGCAUUUUCAUUUGGUAAAGAUGAUUUUGACAAGAACAAAUCCAAAUUACCUGGAAAAUACCCAACUUAUGUUCUUAUUGCAAGAAACUUUUUGCUUUGGAGAAAAGCAGUUGGAUGUUUCACUCAAUCUGGUCAGCAAGGAACAUCAAAAACUGCAAAAUUUUCACCUUAUGAUUCAAUGUUCAAACCAGAACAAAGUCCUCGACCACAUGAACAUCGAUUGUCAUCACCGUGUGCUGCAUAUAUACCAAGGCAACAAUUUGUUAUUGUUCAUGUACAAUCACGUUCCGUAAAAGUUUGGGGAUACAAUAUGUCUAAUGAAACAGCUCGGAACUUGCAAGUUAAACUGUCGCAUUGUAUUGAUUUUCACAAUGCAAGAAGACGUGCUCUCGACUGCAUUACUUUUCAAAAGUUGUCGUUAUUUCGUCAUUGUACUUUUCAAUCUGGAUUCUCACAACAACAUACUGAAAAUGUUAAAAAAGGUGAUUCUCAUACAAAUUCAUUCACACAAGAUGUUAAGGAUGUUGAUUUGGUUCUUAUCAAUUCAAAGUUACCAUCAGAUAACGAAUUACAAUCACAACGAAGAUCAAAAUCAAACAAGAGAGUGUUUUUCAACGAAGCAUAUCUUUCCAACACACCUGUCAAACCACUUUGUAUUACUCAUUCUAACAAAGACAUGGAUGUUGCAACACAAUAUGCUCAUCAAUAUUUGGAAAUGAAAGCUAAUUUGAAAAAGAGAGGGGAGGAACAACAACAUUUACUCAGAGUAUUUUCAAACUGGAGAGAAAGACCUGGUUCUAUUUCUAAUGUUUCAAUCACUAAGGAAGUACUACAGGUUUUGCUUCGACAUUCGCGUGUGAUUCAUCACGUAACAUCACCGAUGCUUUUCAAUCCGCACUGGCGAAAACAAAUUUUGGAAUUAAGAAAACCAUCUAUGGAAAAUGAAACUCCUGUUCCUGACCAGAAAGAUAUUCAAGUAUCUAAACGACAAAAAAGACUUUCUGGUGUAAUGAGAAAAUCUGGAGAUUUCACAGGAAAAUCAUAUGAAGAUGCAAAAUCACGAAGUCGGAGUAAUUCAACACAGAAGGAAAAUGCAAACAAAGGUUCCAAAGGAAAUUUAUCUCAACUGGUAUCAGAAAGUUUGGAUGACACGAGAUAUGAUACUGAAGAACUAAGAAGAUCACUCAUGAUGCAUUAUGUACAAUACUGGCAGAGCAUGAAUUUUAUUAUGGUUAAAGAUGAUAAGACAGGAAGAACAGAUAAAUUGAUAAGGAAAUCGAGUUCUAUUGAUAAAUCUGCUUCAAAGAACAAAAAAUCAAGAACACAGGAAUCAACAAAACAGAAAAUUGAAGAUGUGCCUGAGAAAAAAGUGGAGUCAAAACAUCCAAUAUGUUUAUAUCGAGUAUCAGCUGGAGGAAUUGUAAUUGUUGAAAUAUCAUGUGCAGGAAGGAAUUUCUCUGUUAAGUUGCACGUUAUUGAAGCGUCAAGACUACAAUAUCAACAAAAUUUAAAUCAACAAAUGACUGUUUUAUUUCUGAAUGAUUGUGAACACUUGAAGGAUGACACCCACCUUCAUUCAUUCACCUACGAUUUUCAUCUUCGUUAUAUACAAAUGUAUGUGCAAGAUCGUCAGACAGCUAUUAAACCUGGAUAUCAUAUCGUGUCUUUACUCAAAGAUUUUAUCGAAUAUUACCAGACUCCACCAUCGUUUGUGUUCAAUCAAAUAUAUCAAGGAGUGGUGAAGGCAUCAUGUUCUCACGUUACUGCAGAAGAAUUAUAUGAAUAUGUUGUCGGAAAACAAGCUUCUCAUCAUGGAUUCAAAACAUUGAAAUUAAUUGACAAUGAAGUAUCUAAAAACGAACAUGCCUUGGUAUCCUCUCAUUUAAUAUGGGGUCAAUUUCAUUCAACGUCUUGCAAUAAAGAUGAACAUGGAAUGUAUGAUGUUGGGUAUGUCAUCUGGCAUGAUUUGAAUUCAACAGAAGAAAAGAAAGUCAAGUUAAAUUUCUUUGUCUUAUUCACAAACAGAAGACAUCUAUUUCCGAGGUUCGAUCGCAUGGAGGGCCGUCCUCACCUAACUUUUCCUGUAAGAAGAAGAUCUUCAAAUUUAGUCACUCGUACCAGCCAAGAAAAAAUUCCAUCAACUGACAAAACAAUGUCACCUGCACCUUAUCCCAGCACAGUUUUGAAUGUCAAACAACAAGGACAAAGUCCUACAUCUUCUCAAUCGACGUCUUCACUACAAAAACUCGCAAAUCAGGCCACAACUCCGACAAAUUCUGCGAAAAAAGAAGCUAUUCAUUUAUCGCCUCUUUCUUCGAGAAAAUUUAAUAUUAAUGCUCAAGCGAGAGAAACAUUUGCAAAAACAAAAUCACCGACGGAAUCGAUAGUUUCGCCGACAUAUAACCAAGAAAACGUUUUCUAUACCCCUGGACCACCAAGUCUCAUAAAAAGAAAAUUGAUAUCUCAGGGAAGACGACAAUCAAUGCCUAAUGUAGGUACCUUGCCACUUGGGAUUCGACGUAAUCCACAAGAUCCACCAAGACAAGCAACAGAGUUUUUACAAAUGCAGAAUUCCACAGGACAUUCUGUGAGAUCUACAAAUGAAGAUAAAUUUGCUUUACAAGAAGAAGGCCUACCAUCAUUUGUACAAUGUGAAAUCAGUCGAUUGAAAGAUUUUCUCAAAAAUAUUUGUGCUUCUGCUGAAAUACAAUGCUACAGAAAUCAACUAUGGGAUAAAGUCUACAUGGAUAAACCUUCUCCAAACAAGACUUCCAUGCUUCCUGUUGAAGAUUUUGAACAUUUAUUGAAACAUUGUCAAAAAGUUCCUUUGCAAAAUAUGGAUUUUCGUGGACAUGAUCUGUGUAAUAUCGAAACAAUGGGAAUACAGUGGGCAAUUGGACUUCAGAAACGCAUGCUUUCAAAAUUCAAUCAAAUAUGCAGAUUUUACACAAAUUCUGAAGGAACGAAAAGAUAUUUGGGAAUAUUGAAUCCUAAGCUUUAUUUCAUGAUGCUAUUGAUUACUGUUGAUACUGAGAAUGAAGAUAUUGGAAUGUUUAUUGUGAUGAGAGAUAAAUGCCCAGAGUUGGACAGAGAUGAACCGAACCUGACAAUUGGAAAUCCUAUUUUCAUACCACUGAAACAGCAUUUAAAUAAUAUGAUCAAUUUUAUUUGCUAUUAUACAUGGACUUCAUUGUUGUCAAACUAAUACAUUCUUAAUAUUAUUAUAAUAUUUAUCUGCUCUAUGUGCCAUGGUCAUGUCUAAUAGACCUCUGAGAAAAGUAGCAGGUGUGUCAUUCGACAACUUACCUUGGUAUGUCUGAAGAAGUUGGGCAUGGAUUAUUACAUUGCAUUUGUGCUAAGUGGGAAUAUAGUAUUGAAGUUUUCAGAAGUUUAAAAUGAAAUAUGCAUGAAAAAAUACUACAGAUAUUGCUACCCCUAUUUCAAUUAGCUUAGAUGAAGCUACAUGUGUAGCACACUAUUGAUUUAACAUUUGAAACUUUCUCAUCUUUUUUCUUUGUAAAAAUUUAGUAGUUUAUUCUUUGUCUUUUUUGCUACAUCUUGUUUUCCGCACAUUGAUGUGUGUUCUUAUCUUAAAGAAGCGAUUGGGACGAAAAGCUUAAGAUGUUCAGCUGCGCGAGAAUGAAAUCAAAAAAUAAUAUAAGCUGUUUAAAUUGUUUCCUGAUGCCAUAUUCCAAGUGCAAUUGAUCAGUGAUUUCUUCGAUGAAAUGUAUUUUUCUUUGAAACUUGUCAUUCAAUAAAUCUAUCUUGUGAAUUUUCA